AUGGAUGCUGCUGGCCGGCUCUGUUCACUUCUUUCCUGCCCCACACGCGCAGCGCCCGCUAUGAAGAGAUCCUCGCCCGACGACUGCGUCUACGUUGCCUCCAAGAAGUGCCAGAUGUACACGGCGUGCUCCGGCACGGACGCGUUCCGCGCGAUGCUGCGGACCGCGCGGCGUGCAUCGCGCCCCGCCGCGCCCGCGGCCUUCGAGCAAGAGUGCUACUACUGCUCGUCCCGCGCGCCAACCGCAGUCUGCGGGGCCUGCCACGAGAGCGUGUGCACGGUGUGCAGCGCAGGCGGCACCGCGACGUGUCUGAACUGCCGCGUCGCGUGCUGA